ACCCACCUGUGCGCAGCACGACACUGUGUCCACCCACGCGGUCUAGGUGUAAAGAGUGACACGAACACGUGUCAGUGAGAAAAGACAAAGUAGGGGCAACAAGUUCGUGCGUACGAAGAUUACGUGAAAUAGAAAGGAGGACCAGUGGUCAAAAGGAGAUCCGCGGAGAUCUGAUUGGUCGAUGCUCGGCGUGGGAUCUUGCAACCACCCUUAUAGAUCCACGGAUCGUCGAUCCGUCGUGCAGUCUGUCGAUCACGAAGAUCGUUCGUUACAACGUGCUUGGAUCGUCAAAGAGGAACGAACAUGUUCGGGAGAACGUUUCUCAUCGUUGGCGCUGUUUGCUUUGUUGCCUGUGAGGGGAUCACCAUGAGGGUAAAACGGCAGAGUGACUCGGACGGUGGACAAGUUAUUGAUAAUAUUUUCAAUAUCCCGAUCACAGCGAUUAGGCAAACCGCAGUAGCGGCGCAGUCGUUCAGUCCAGAGAACUCACAGACGAUUGACAAUGUCUUACAGAUUCCAAUAUCGACUCUUGAAGCUGUCGGAAAUCUCGUGAAAUCGACAUCAGGACAAAGAGCUCAGAAUGCUGAAGAAUAUCAACGAAUAAGGCAGGAAAGGAGGGACAGAUUGGCAGCGCAGAGGGAACGACAGAGACAGCAGAGGGAGCAGAUACAACAACAACGUCUUCAACAACAGCAGAUUAAAAGGACCAUCAAGUUUCACGAUAAAGAUCCGUUCGGAUUGAACGCGCUGUCGAACCUUCUGGUUGGUAAUCAUGGUUUAUUCGGUAGUUAUGGUGGUCACGGUGGUCAUGGAGGGCACAUGGGCAUCCACGGAGGCCACGGCAGCGGGACAAACAAUGGUCAGCACACUUACGAGGUCCACGAAAAUAUAGAAGAAGAUACAGCAUACACUUGGCACGGAAUCACUGCCGGAUUUGGGACUUACCAUGGAUCAAGGCCCACCAAUACUAUCACAACUAUACAAAACAAAAUUGCACCCAAGAACAAGAAGCAAAUCACCUUUAACUACGAGAACAACGGAUACAACAAAAUUGCAUCGAAUACUGCAACGAACGGACUACAGAAUGAAGAAGACGGUCCGAUACAAAAUAAAAUUGCACCGAAAAGUAACAGAAUAUCUUUUCAGUCGUGAAACGGACAGAUAGUGUAAAAGAUUGAUUUAAAUAAUUGCGCCUUGUAGGAGAUUGUAGAUGAUUGUAUAUGAUUUGAAAGCAGUAUUAAGAAUUUUGUGCAGGAUGUUCCAGCAGUCGUGGUAGAAUUAGAAUAGAGGAAUUUUUUUAAUGAGUAGGCAAAGGUGUGCAAUCAUAUUUGUAAUUGUUUUCUUUCCGAGAAAAUAGACUUGGACGGUUCGUCGGAACGUUUACGUUAUUGAUUAGAAUCAGAGACUGUGAGCGAUAAGCAGACAUGCUAAUAGAUCUAGGAAACAAAAAGUUGAAUAAGAAUAAUUCUGUUUUGCUGUCGCGACGGCUGGAAGUAGAAAAGAUAGGCCUUGUAAUUUUGUAAUAGGCCUUUACGUUUGUAAAUUUUCGUUCUGCAGUAUCUUCUCAAGAAGAAGAAAAAUCUAAAAUUGAAAUUUUAGAUUUUUUUUCAUAGUCCUCGUUCAAAGAAUUAGGAAAAAGAAUUUAUAUCUUUUCAUUCGUAUUGGAAACAAGUAGAAUAUAUGUGCCUUGAUCAAGCACAAA